UGAUAGGCCAUUUAUUGUGAGUCAUGUAGGUAUACCCCACCAAAACCAAAAGCUGCAGCUUCAGUUCACGACAAUAACAAGUGAGAACGUGUAAUCAUGAUGGUAAAAAUCUCGAAUACUGUUGAAAACGUCGUGCAAUAGAAGUUCUGGACACAAAUUAGUGGUUGCUUUUGGACGCUUGUUUUUAUUGAAUAUAGAAGGGUGAAAAGAAAGAAAGUCAUCAUGCCUGGACGCGGAGUUCGUGGACGGACGGCCUCCACAACUCCGCACGGUCGUCCUGCGUGGACUGACAUGCCGUCGACAUCAGAUGCUACUGCUCCGAACCUCGGUAAUUACAGACUCAAUGAGCAUGGAGGCCAUAGUCCCUAUACUAAGCGUGAAAAUUCGGACUCGUUGUUUUCCUCCUCGUGGUCAAGUACGAGUACCUCCAAUGCAGCUUCAUCUACUGGAGCCUCAGGACGAAGAUUUGGUGAUGUUUACUUCUCCCGCGACAUGGAGAAAUUACGAUAUUACCUUUCCGAAACUGGUUUUGCAGACCAUCGCCGCAGCUUGUAUGAGGAAGUCAUGCAGAAUAACGCAGGGCAUGGCGAGGGAGACUUGGAUGAUUUUGAUGACAUAGACAUGGAAUACGCGACGAGCACAUCGACGAGCGCUUCUUCUGCAGCAUCAAGGCCGCUUCCGUCCGCGUCGUCGCAUGGUACGGGAGCAGCUGACGUGGAGUUAGAGUUUCUGCACCGUGCCUUGUUGACCGCAAGGCAAAUCGUCAGAGACGAAGACUUACCGCUACCGCACCUAGAGUACUCGACACAUGUUCCGAAACAGCAGUUACCCACGACAGGGUUGCGAGAACGAGGAUCUACUUCGCUAGGAGUAGACGGCUUAGGCGGAGCAAGAAAAGGUGGAAGAUCGAGUCAGGCCCAGCGCUGGCUGGCGGAGAUUGAGUCUGAGUCCUCGCGGACUCCCGCUUCGUCAUCGACAUCCCGACGCUUACCCAGCAAAGGAUCGGCCGAUAUUGAUGGUCAUGGACGACCGAGAGGUCGAGGGAUGGGCGUGGAAGCAGAUUUGGGGGAAAAUUCGGGUAACAAUUUUCGCGGCUCCGCUUCACGAAGUCUUGAUGCAAGAGGAAGUAGUAGUACACUAGAAGAUGCUUCCUCGACUGGGAAGACCGGGGGCAGCACAUCUUCAAUGACGCGAGGAGUGAGCACAACAACUACUAGUAGCGCGGAGAUGUUGUCAAACGACAACAUAUUUGCGACCCCAGGUGUUGUAGCACACCCUCGCGAGCAGCUGCUAGCGGCUCGAGGGCUGCAACCGGUACUUCAGAUCUUUACGAGGCCGGAUGAAAACGCAGAGACGACAACCACGACGACUACGACCACCAUAUUGACAACGAGCACAACGCCGGUUCCAGAAUUCAUACUGGCAACCCCCACCGCCACAACGACUGGCGUGGCCGACUUCGGCAAUAUGAUCUACCCGAAUACUUUUCUUUAUGCUCAGCAGACCAACCACAACCUUCCCUAAAAUGAGAACGGAUCCCAACUAGACCAACAACUCGUGCCCUCGCCAGUACUACUAGCACCCGAUUCAGUUUCAGAUGUUAGCGUAGAAGUUAGUAGAUGCAGAUGAUGAUGAAUAUUAGGCUUCGAUACUCACUUCACGUCGAGGUCGACUUCGGCCCAACAUCCUCCAUCUUCUUCAUCCUCUUCUAAUAUUCUUGUCAUCCACGACACCAGAUCUGCUUGUCAUCCACUUCUAAUAUUCUUGUCGCACCGAAACUUGCAGUUAUUAUGACCGCUACGUCAUUUUCAAGAAUGCGACUGAACCUGACGAAACAAAGCACUGCCGCGAAAUUGUGAAGCACGAAUUAUUCAAGGCUUGGGAAGACUUGCGACCUGGAGAACUUUAUCGGGCGUUCCCAGACACGAAAACUGGGCAUGUCCGCGUUACCCUCUGCUCUAUUUAAGGCUAGUUUAUCACUAUCCCAUGUCUGUGGGAUAUGCUGAGUGAAGUCCGCCUUGUCUGGACGCUGAGUGUCGUCCUCCUUGAUUCAAAGGGGAAACAAAGGGGGACGCAUGACAUAUCACUCAACCUGGGAUAGUGAAAAACUAGCGUUAACCUACGUACGAGAAUCUGUUCAAUCGCGUCAGGCCUUUCGGCGAUGCGCGAGUGUACCAGCACUGCGAGCCAUGGACAUACUUUAACGCGACCCUCUGUCUGUCCGAAUAUCGUGAUGUACUCUUGUUGUUCUUAUGAUCGCUUGAUGAAGCUUUCCACUUUUCAAUCACCAUGACCUACGUAUGCAUGAUUGAGAUUUACUCUGACUUGCUCGUCAUACUGGUACGCCUGGCACUUACAACCAAAAGACAAAUCGCACCAUUCGCCCGCGUACCACAAUAGGCUACAACCAUUUAUUCUGUCUAAAUGUACUUCUAGGAUCACAACACCUACAGCUACUUGUACGUGAUUUUUGAAUGACGACGUUGCUCUGACUUUUUCACAUGCAUGAUGGACCAGGUGCGAGUCUUCUCGGAUUGCUUCUGGCGUGGCAAGAUGUUUUGGCCUGAGAUGCGAACCCAGAUGGACAAGGAGAUGAUUCAAGAAACGUACAAUGACAUGACCAAGAACAGCAGAGAAGCAAAGAACGUUUUUGAUUAUGCUCCAUCUGUAAAUUUGAUUGCUUGUUCUUGUACUUUUAUGUAGUAGUUGUAGCGAUUGAAGUUGAGCAAUUAUUUUUGGUAUAUCUUCAUCUUUCUCGUCUGAUAUCUGCAGUUUCUAAGAAUUGAGUUUGAAUUAAUUCAGAUAAAAUCAAAAAUUUUGAGAACAGUUUUUUAAUUUUUGUCAUUUGAAGAUGCAAAAUCCUUAAAUUUUUGAUUUUACGUUGCCUAGGUCAAUUUCAAUGUUUAUCUGCUCCAAACGUUGAUCGUGUCAUGACCAUGUGGAUGUGUCAUGAAUUCGUCUGUUGCCCAGAUCCUUUUUUUGGGUCUGUAGCCUUUGCUUUAGGUGCGCUCCUGCCAAAGGGCAACAACCUACUGCAACUAGUACCUCCAACAAAGCUACUUUCAAACUCACUUCUAAACUCACUUCCUCAUGGUUUGGAAACGACAUAUGACGAACGAGGACAUGCAGAAUGCCGUUAACUUUGAUAGUAUUCAAAUUAAGGCUCUUACCGUUUCUUCCAACGCUAUCUAGUCUUCCAUGAUACUAUUUCACCAGUCACAACCACGAUCAUUAUGUAUAAUUAUUAAUAUUGCCUACCAAAACCUUUCCCUCCCUAAUUCAGUGUGUGCGUUUAAGAUUGGUCCUUCUAACUGCAGCAAGGUUAGUGAAGUUAAAUAACCUGCAAUCUAUCUCAUACUCCAUUAUUUAGGCGUCCAUCUUCCCGAUGCUGGUGUUGGGUAUCAGUCUUCUAUCCUGAGUGGGAAGGACGCACCUGCUUGUUUUAUAGGGCGGGAAUUGAUACGAAGAACAACAAGCAAAUCACUGAUACUAUAGAAAAUAUACAUCCUUUAUCGCGAACAGUAUCAAGUCAGUAUGAAUAAGAUUAUCAAAGGACCCCUACUUCUAAGGAAACGUAUCAAGCUCUGUGCAAUUGGAUGUACGAGUUAGGGGAUCCGAUCCGCAAGGUUUUCUACAUGAACUCCGCAGAUUCGCUCUAUAUUCCGCCAGACGAGUGUUACGAGAUGGCCGAAUUCCCGACAGGGACGACGCAGUGCAUGAAAAUGAUGCAGAUUAUGUUGCCAUUUUUAUCUCUUGUUCAUCGUCUAAAGGGACGAAACAAGAAAGAGAUUAAGAUACUCAUACACAUACUGUUUGAAUUUUUUAGAUCUUGUUUCAUUUUUUUUUCGGAAGCAGCCCCAUGGAAGUUCGUUGCAGGAGAUUCCAAAGGAAUCUUAUAAAUCUAAGGUACGAGUGUCAGAGGUACUCGAGGUAAUAGGAGUACUACUAGAACCAUAUUUGCUUGUUCUUUGGGGUUGGUUUGGAGCAAGAAGGACUGCUCAAAAAGUCCUUGCAAUCGACAUCGAGGAACUUGGUUGUAAAUAAUGAGAUGUAAUGAAGUCCUCCGCUUCUUCAUGCUGCGUGACCCAUACGACGUUUGCCCAUGGACGCAACCUCCCAACGAUAUGGACCCGGACGACUUGGUCCGCUGCUUUGACGGUUCUUAUGAUGAAUCUCCACCUGAUUCAACACAAUUAGUAUCAUCGUCUGUACUGUGUUCGUCGCAGCAAUCGCAUUUCACUGUUAGACCAUACUUAGUCUAAAUCGCAUUUCACUGUAAGAUCAUAGUCUAUUCCUUCAUGGGCGCCCUGGUCUCCAUUACAAGGUAAUUGUCGAGAGCCGUCUCCUCCUCCUCCAGCAUUUUUUCAUAGCCCUUCUGCGCGAGUCGAUAUUUCAGGACACGGCUUUUGCUACGGCAUGCGAGGUGGAAAAAUGAUAUGCGAACCGCGGAACCCUAUUAUGUGCAGAAAGCCCUACGCGUGCGACGGCCAGACAGAUCAUUGCUGUGUGCGAUUCAUGUCUCAUUGCGCCCCGGACGGUUUGCCCCGAUUGUGCUGCCCAUCUUUAAGAGGCAGGUGGUGAAGUACUAUUUCUUCAUCAUGAUCUUCAUAAUGUUUCGAUGAUGAGUCAUCAGCAUCAUCUAACCCUACAGGCCCCGAAUUCUUGCUACACCUCGUACGAAUGAUAUCUCGCACCGACGGACCCUUGCUACACAUACAAAUAAUAGAUAGUGCAACGGACUUCUUCGUCUCUAACGUGCAUUAAUCCGGUUAUCGAAGAACAGCGUGGUGAAGUUCCACUACCAAGGCGACCAAGCUAUUACAACGAACUCGUAGAAGCGCAGAUGAUCGAGGGACCGGGUAUCAUUUUUAGAUUUCUUUAGCGUCACCUUACUUUAACUUCUUGUUUAAAAGUUGACGAGCCAUCCUUGUUAUCCUAAAAAUAAUCUUGCGUUUCUUGUCUACACUGCUCCUGCUCGUCACUAGAAGAAGCUACACCGGCUAAAGAAGCUUCUGCUUUACAUCUUCAACAUCUCCAGAUGGUUUCGCAACAACGAGUCCGAUGACUACGCGACUCACCACAACAACUCCUGGUGGCGCGAUACAGCAGAUGCAACAUCUUGGUACCGUAUGACAGGAAAACGUGUACUCAUGCCCAACCAAAAAGGGAGCAAAUAAGCUCCCUGUUUGGAACUUCCUUGUUACUUAUACAUAGUACGCACUUAUCCUUACUUCUUAUACUAGUACUUUUCUAUUUGAUAUACAUAUACAGUAUAACUGAUACUUCUUUACACGUGCCUAGUCAUUUCGAUUUCGCCCCUGAGGAUCAUAAAUCAAGCUAAACGCAUUUCCCUUUUUUCAUAUACCGUGGCUGUGGUCGGUGCAUGCAUCGCGGUGUUUUUCUUUUUUGCGUUGAUGCGUGCAGGGUGGCGUCAGAACUGGGCGAAUUGGAUUCGCGUGAAUUUUUCUCUGAGCGGCAAUGUGGACAAUCGCAUUCAGGUCAUGGAAGACGCAGAAUCCAAGAUCAAAGCAAGCGGAAAACUCGGUCGGCAUGAAAUUAUGAUCACGUUUAUAAUUUUAAUUACAAAUUCCGUGGUCUGGUUCCUCUUCCUUUUCUUCAGCAACAGGUUAAGUAUAUUAAUUUAGGUUUUCUUCGUACUAGCGGGUAAGAGUAAGUAUUAUGAGCAUAAUUAGAUUGAUCCAGCUCCGCUAAUGUGUGACAGUACGCUGCUCUCGACGAAAAAUACCAAAAACAGAAACCAGAUACCUACCGCGGAAAGGACCGGGGCGACCGCGAUCUAUUUGGAGCGUUUAAUCAGCAGACAGAAGGCGAACUCGAGAAAUUGAAAGAGAUCGAGUCACAACUACGAAUGGAAGAGAGGCCCGAAAACCUUUCUUCUUGCCUUGAAGAGGCAAAAAGGCUUGGGGCAGAUCCGGCUGUAAUUCGGCUCGGAGAGGAUAGAUUGCUGAAAAUGCAAAUGACUGAGGUAUUCUUGAGUCUUCACUUUAUUGUCCUCCACCUUCCGACGACACAAGUGCAGUUGUACUUAACUGAUGUUCGACCUCAAGGCUCUCCCUUUCUCUCUAUCUCUCUCAUGACGACCCUAACCCUCUCGCACGGAGGACUAGGAAUGGAAUGGUGUUUUAUUUGAGAAGUUGUCCUCGGUAUCUAUGCAUACUUCAUCCUAAUUGGAAGUGAACUGAAGCCACGCCUAGGCGUGUACAACUACUACAUCUUGUUCUUGUUUUAUACAGUUAAUGGCUGACCUCGAGGAGGCGGAAAAAGCGUUGAAAGUGGGCUACCCUGCAGAACGGAAGAUGGCCAUAGCGGAACGCCUCUAUAGAUUAAGGCUAUCGACACUAAUAUAUCUUCAACAAUGAUUGAUUGAUUGACUGAUGAUGAUGAUGAUGAUGAUUGUCGUCCUGUUGGUCGUGGAUUCUUGUCGUGGUCAUGGUCAUACUGUAAUAUAAUGCACGAAAUAGAAUACAUCAGAGGAUGAUAGCUUCUCUAACUAGGGCAACGGUAGCACGCACAGAUCUGUCGAUCGCGAUUCACGACCGCGCGGGCAGACUACGGCAAGAAUUGCUCACUGGCAUGAAUCUGCCGGCCGACCGCAUAAUGCUGGAUGAGAAGGCGGGUAUUAUGCGAGUCCUGGCUCCAGGAACCCACAGAAUACCGCACCAGCACGCACAAAUCUACGCGACAGGCGAAGGAGCAACAAGUAGCAAGUUAAGGAUGUGAAAAAAUAUCAAUGUGUUGUAUCUGUAUGUUGAAGUUAAUAUGCGUGUCGUGUUACAGCAGGAGCAGCAUACGGAUUCAUUUCGUCAGCAUCUCACAGCAGCUGCAGCAUAGUCAUUACCUUCGUCAGCACUCUCUAAGACAAGCCGAUGCAGGAAAUGCGGCGCCCGAGCCCGAAGUGUUGAUGAAUCUUCAGACCGCGACAGGGCCAUUAUGGGGUGGAAAAGAGUCCUCAUAUAUUCGAUACUGAAGUAGAAUGUCUAAUGCGAUGAAUCUACUAACUUCUUCUACUGGUGCCUAGUGCUAGUACUCGUACUUCCUGUUCUUCGUGAAGAUUAUCGUCCCGUACCUGGCCGAUACUCUUUUUACACAUCGGCUAGAUCUAGAAGGAACAUCUACAUCAGGUAUGAGUGAACUUUUCCCUGUCAUAGCAUUGCUGCGCUUUCUACGUCCAGAAGGGAGAGUGUGCGUUCGGCAAGGACUGCGCGUAUCGACACGUCAUGCCGGGGCCUCACGAUUCCAUAAGAUUAAGGCAGAUGACCUACCUAGCAAUAGUAACAACAUUUAACGUAAACGUAUCUAUUUAAAAGCUAUUUACAAAUAGCAACAGUUGUGGACGAUAAUCCUACCUACAUCGUUUUUUUGUUCCACCUCUACUUCUACAGAGUCAAAGAUCAACAUGGUCUACCUCUACAUACUACGGUCUGAUGAUUACUCUUCCCAAAAGCCCGGGAAGAUAGUGACUCCUACUCUCUUUCUCUUAUUUGUAGUGUAGUUGUCAUUUUCGAAGAUAUUGGGAUGAAAUCUGUCUAAAAACAGAGCCGAUCGACACGACAGGCAACAAAAAGGAAACACAGGUGCGUAACUCGAGGCAGGGUCGGUACGGGCUCGGGACCACAUGAUUUGAACAAGGUACAAAGAAGGAAUCCUAAUACAAGGGUGUUCCCCUCGAAACUCCUAGUACAAGGGAGGUGCGCCCCUAUCCUUAAGUUUUUUUGUAAUGGUACCUACGAUUGAUUUUUUUACAACUUUUUGGUGUAGUUGUUGUGUGAGUGAUGUACCUGUACUGUGGAAAAAUCGGGUCAUUUACUUAAUCGGCUUUGGCUACAAGGAACAAUGUAUCAAAACUUUGUACAGCGAUGCACGCUUAAGUCCUUGAAUGAAUACAUUUCUAUGCAACUUUUUUUUUGUUCUUAAUUUUUGUAUGAGUUUCAUCUCGGAGCAUAGAUAUCGAAGAUUGACCUUGAAGUUGCUAAUAUUGUAAAUUCUUAUGUAUAACGCUUAUCGUGAUAGUAGAGUGACGGUUAUGGUCGUCCAACCCCUGUCCGCGUUAUCAACUAAAAUGAUAGUCCUCCACUCCAAUGCUCCGAAAAUUAUAGGUGGUCGCAUCAGAGACUCACGACAUCAUGACGUUAAGUAAGGAAUUCGUUAUAUAGAGAAAGAGCUAGACAAAACUGUUUUAAUCUCGUCGGAAGAUCAAGGUGAAAUGCCUUCACUUUGAGCUCCUCCCAAUCUAUUUCUACGGUGGUCAACAUCAUAUGGAUUUCAUUUUGGGUAGAACGAAUGUGAAAAUUUCCAGCGGGUAAGUGUGAGAACGUGAACGGCUUCAUCGACUUGACGACAAAGAACUACAACAAGAUCUCAGGACUUCUAUCUGAAGUGAUUCAUCCACGAGAUGCUGGCAGGCUUCGGCUUUUUAGAUCUCCGACGUACAAGAAGAUAAGGAAGAAGAUUUUUUUAUUUUAUGGCUUAUAUACUAGCCUCCACAAGCUUCGCCCGGCUUCAAGUUAGUUUAGCACUUUUCU